AUGAAAUCAACCAUGAAUAAAUCAACCUCAAAUCACCGGAUCAAGUAUCUGGCAGUCGUCGCCUCUGUUGUCUUCGUCUGGCUGGUCUGGCGUCUUGACUUACACCAACAAGUCGCGGACCAAGCCCGCAAGAUCACCAACCCGCAUGGCGCGCCAUACGAUGCCAAUAAACCGGGCUCUCUGUUCGCCAAGAGUGAGGUACUCUCGCUCGAGAAAGCCACAGAGUACUGCGACCACUAUCGCCUCAAGCCCGCAGACCACGAUCUCGUCCGCAAGCGCAAGGUAUAUGACCUCUUGCUCGUCAACACUGAGGUAGAGAUGCUCGAGGUGCGUAUGGGCCAGAUGGCGCCAUACGUAGACUACUUCGUCAUCAUCGAGUCCGACAAGACGUUUACGGACCACUCAAAGCCGCUAUACAUCAAGGAGAACUGGGACCUUUUCAAGCCAUGGCACGACAAGAUGAUCGUACGCAAGCUAGAUCUCGACGCGCUCAAGAGUGGCUCGACUUGGGACCGCGAGACCAAGAGCCGCAACGCCAUGUAUGAUCAGGUCAUCCCGGGGCUGGAGGGGGAACAGGCGGCUUCAAUAGACGACGUGCUCAUCGUCUCCGACGUUGACGAGAUCCCUAAGCCCGAUGUCCUGCGUGCCCUGCGCAACUGCAAAAUCCCGCAGCGGGUGACGAUUCACUCCAAGAUUUACUACUACUCGUACCAAUGGCUUGCCCGGAAUGACUGGGCCCACCCGCAAGCGACGGUCUACCGCGGCGCCGAUACGGUGCUGCCGGAUGAACUGCGCUCGAAUGCCAACGACUACCACUUCCCAUACGGUGGAUGGCACUGCAGUUACUGCUUCAGCACGGUCAAGGAGAUGGCGCAGAAGAUCAACUCGUUCUCACACUCUGAGUAUAACAAACCCGAGUUCAAGGACCCAGACAACAUUGUCGAGGUUGCUCGGAGAGGACUUGACAUCUUCCGCAGACCAGAUUCACACUUUGAUCGGGUUGAGAACAACCAGGACAUUCCUGACUACAUCAAGCGCAACCCUGAAAAGUUCAAAUUUCUGGUGGACCGAGAUCCGCCAAAUGCCAAUUUCAGGGAUUAUGAUGCCUAA